AUGGAAAAUGUCCAUCGAAAGGCAACAGCCCCCAGUAGCACCAGCAGUGUAGUGACCUCAGACUCAAACACGCCACAAGACUGUGGCUGCCAGCUGUAUGUGUUAAUAUGCCCGGGGCUCCAGUGGCCCCACCCACCGCUACUGUUUGGUGCCUCUGUCAGCUACACUGUCUGUCUACCUAACACUAGACUCUGCUCAGAAAACAUAUAUCCUGCGUUCAGGAGAGAGAUGAUGCAGAAUUCAGAGGUCUGCUUCCCUCUGGCUCGAGGCAUGCCUCGCUCCUUUCCUGAGCCCAGCUUGUGUGGUGCGUGA